GUCUCUGUCUGAUCAAAACUAGCUAAAACAUUAAUGAAAAUAGUAAAGUAUGCAUUAUAUGUAGAGAAACUCGAUAAGCUUAUCCGUUAAAAUUUUUACCAAGUCAACAGAAGAUUUUCUACCUUUCUCAGCAAAAUAUUGGCCAAGUUUUGUGGAGUGAGCAACCAAAAAUAAGAGCGAUCGUUUUCUUGUAAUUUACCAGACAACAAACCGAAAGAACCCAAAAGACUCGUACUUGUACACUGACCGAACCAGUAAACCAGAUAACAAAGCCAACCAAAUAAAUUUUUUUUUUUUGUCUAAAACCAUAAAAACACAAUCCCAAAAUCAUAUGAUCCAACCAAUAAAACCGGGUCAACAAUACUCAUAGUAACCGGUUCAACCGAAUUGAUUCCACUCCUGCAAAAUAAAUUCCAAUUAAGUCCCGUCCUAUUCUUCGGCCAUUCUUUCCCGCCGCGCGCGUAACCGCUAACCAACCACAUCCUUUGCGCCACCUCACUAGCGCAAUUACCAUCUAACCCACCCCUUCCGGCAAAAAUUUCUUGGCGCAGCAAGGGCAAACUAGUAAAACCCAUACCUAUACAGAAACAACCGCAAAUCCUCAGAUUCCCAAUACUACCCUCCAGAUCCCUCUCACCUCCUCCUUCCCCACCAGGGACAAAAAUGUCCAUCGCGAACCUAUAAAACCACCGCUUCGGAGUCGGUCGCUCGGAUUGCCUCUGUUUCCGAUAAAGCUCACGAAACCAAAGAAAAGGAUCAAAAUUUCUCCCAAUUACAAAAACAAAACACACAGAUUCUUCCCACCCCAUCAUCAGAAAUCAAAUCCCAACCAAUGGCGACUGGCAGUUCUUCUCCGUCCAAAUUCGUCAAGACCCGGACGUGCCUCUGCUCGCCGACGAACCACCCGGGGUCGUUCCGAUGCAGCCUCCACAAGAACCGGCCGUCGACGAGCAGCAUCCGGUCGAAUCGACGGGAAUUGGCGGCGGCGGCAGCGAUGGCGAAGGCGUUCACUUUACGGGCCUUCCUGCUGCAGAUCAUCAAGCCGUCGAAUCAGGAUCAGAAGCGGCGGAGGAAUUUCCAGCCCCGGCCGUCGAGAUUUUUCACGAUGAACGCCAGCGGCAGUGUGGCGGUUUCGUAAAGAUCGAUCCUUUUUCUUUUCAUUUUUUCGAGAAUUGGAUUCAGGAAUCUAGAAUUUUGUUUUUGUUUGUUCUUCGUGAUUAGUUGUUUGGCAUGUAAAUAGGGGCAGGGGAGAGCAGAAUUUUCUCAGACGGAUCUGUUUUUUUGUUUGGACUCUGAGAAAAUAGAGUUCUUUCGUUUUCGUUUCCCCUUUCAGGAAUUUGUUGAUUGGGGAAUGUAUUGAAAGCGGAAGCAGAUAGAAAUUCACUGUCGUGAUUUCUGGAAUUGGUUUCAUUUCACAAAUUCAUCCUAAUUUGUUUUUUCUUGUGGGUUUAGUUUGAUUUCAUUGAUUAAAAGCUCCCUGUAGAAGAGCAUUCAAAAAGCUUACCCUAACGAAUGAGGAUAGGGAGAUCAAAGGAAAGCAGGCGGCAUUCUACUGCUGGUUUUAACACUUCUAUAGUUCUAUAUGGGUAAGAGAUUUAAGUAGGCCCGCCGCCCAUAGAAUUGGGAAGGGGAAAACAAGGGGCCCAAUUAACUGAAGCCCACGAUACGUGCAAUACCACGUGGCAAGUAAUGACGCCGUCUGAGUGUCACCGCGAUACGCCGUGCCGUCGUCCUAUCAGUUUGCGCAGUCCCUCCCACGUAGAAAAAGAUCCCCGUCAAAUCGUCAACUAAAACAAAAAAAAAAACUAAAACGGGACGGGAGAGGACGGGAUUUUGUUACUCAGAAUUUUUUAAAGAAAGUGCGAAGAAAAAACGAACGACUCGCCCACCGCUUUCCUUACGGAAACCGUUGGAUUCCCCUUCCAAUCCAACCCGACUAAUCCACUCCACGCGCCUUCGGCGCGUUCUCCACGUUCCCCUCUCCGCUUUUCAGCAUCAGUCCCUGAAAAUUCUUCUUAUUUCCCCGUAUUAUUAUUCUUUUCCUUUUUCUUUUCUAUAUGGAAUUAUUAUUAUUAGGAUACUUAGAUUACUAAUGAGUAAUUAGACUGAUUAUCCCUUUUUGUGAAGAAAGAGUUAACACUUAAGUAUGGUUUUACCCUUUAGGGGAGAGUAAUUUCAUUGAAAAAGGAGGGAAAAUGGAAUCUCGGGAAUGGCAGUCAAGGAAAUGAAUAAUUUUCAAACUUCCGAGGAGCACCAUAGCAAAUACACAAAAGUUGAUAUC